UUGUUUCCUUCGCGAUCGGUAUCAAAACAAAUCGCACAUCAUCACGAAUUUAGCUUUUAGCUGCGAGAAGCGGUUUUGACAUGAAUGAAUAUUUCGAAAGCGACUCACACAGUGUGCGACCAUGAGAUGAUCUUAAACAAUUUACGCGUCUCUCAUUAGUUGUGUUUGCUGGCCUAUUUUUUCUCAAUUUUCUUCAUCUCUCCCGUUCUUUUGACGCACCAACUCAGAAACGCUCGGAACGGCAAAGAUGACACGCUCACUCCAUUUGCUCUCUCUGCUGUUUAUCUUCGGUCUGCAGCACCAGGGUGGGGCAAGCCGAGUUCUUGAAUUGAGCGACAGAUUUUUGGACAUUCGAAAGGACGGCCAAUGGCUGGUCAAGUUUUAUGCGCCUUGGUGCGCUCACUGCAAACGACUUGAGCCAAUAUGGAACCACGUUGCGCAGACCCUGCACAACACCAACAUCAGGGUUGGAAAGGUCGACUGCACCAGGUUCACAGCAGUCGCCACUGAGUUAAAAAUUUCCGGCUUUCCCACGAUCAUGUUCAUGAAGGGAGAAGAGGUUUUCACAUUCCGAGGAGAUAGAACAAAACAGGACAUUGUCGACUUUGCACUCAGGGUCUCAGGUCCUCCUGUUCAACGAAUCACAAGGCCUGAGAGCAUCGCAAACCUGAGAAAGGCGAUUUCCCUAUUCUUCGUCUACAUUGGGCCAUACGAAGGAGUCCUAUGGGAGACGUAUGCUUCGAUUGCUGAAACUUUCCAACCGCACGGCUACUUUUACGGAGUGGCACCAGAAACUGCUAGAGAACACAUAGACUUUAAAAAAGUUCCUGCAGUUUUGGUGUACAAGGACACAAUGCACUUUUAUUACGAAGAACCACCCUCAAAAGGAGAAACUGAGGAGGAGCGGUUGCAGAUUGUGAACGCCAGUCUGCACCACUGGGUGAAUGCCGAGCGGUUCCACACAUUCCCUAAAAUUACCAGAGGAAACAUCCACCAAACGCUGGCCAGUAACAAAAACCUUGUCCUGGCCGUCGUUGAAGAAAAUAAAUUGGAGGACGUGCCAGCUCACAUGAUUGAGUUUCGGGACAUGAUUGAGUCUGUGAUUCGGGAAAACAAGGACAGGUACCAUAAUCAUUUCCAGUUUGGUUGGACAGGAAGUCCUGAUUUGGCCAACUCUGUGGCCAUGACUGUCCUCCCCCUUCCGAGUCUGAUCGUGAUCAAUGCCACCACAAAUCACCACCACCUGCCCACAGAUCAACUUCUCGGACCUACGGGACUGACUCCGGAAACAAUCAUUCAUUUUCUGGACACCAUUCUCGACGAGUCCGCGCCUGUUUACGGAGGUAACUCGUUUUUCGUCAAGUUGUACCGAGCUUUCUUUGAGGGAAAGACUGCCUUGUAUGACAUGUGGAUGGGCAACCCUGUUUUGACUUCAGUGCUCUUCGGACUGCCUCUUGGAUUCCUCAGUCUGAUCUGCUACUCGAUCUGUUGCGCCGACAUCAUGGACGCAGACGAAGAAGAAGAGGAACCGGACCACGAGAAAAAGGAGUGAGAACAAACAAAUGGACUAUGUUUCGACGGAGUACCUCCUCUCAAAUUGGCCAUAUUCCAAUCUCAUUUAGACUUGUUAAUAUCCUAGACAUUCUGUUACUUAUGUGAUCUUUUCUUAAAUGUCUAAUUUUAUUAUUUUGUGCCAAACUUGAAUGUAAAUGGCUUGUUUAAGUACUUAAUUUAAUUUGCAUAUUCCUCGCGCAUUGUGUUUUUGCAAGGAAAUAUAAUCUAGUCAGUUCUUUAAAUUAGAAUUUUUACACACAACAUGCUCUUGAAUUAGAUUUUAAUCAUUAAUAAACUAGUUUGAAAGUGUUUGUUUAAA